ACUUAACAACGCUACAUCUUAACUUAUUAGUUAUACAAGAUGAGUGGUGCAACAAGCAAAGCUUGGAUAGUGGCUGCCAGUGUUGGAGCUGUGGAGGCUUUGAAGGACCAGCUGGGUGUGUGCAGGUGGAACUAUGUUUUAAGGACUGCCCAGCAACACCUGAAAGCCAAUGUUAGAUCCUUGUCUCAAGCAAAAAAUCUCUCUUCUUCUUCUUCUCUUGCUGCUACUAAAUUAAAGGAUGAGAAGGCCAAACAAGCAGAGGAGUCCUUAAGGACGGUCAUGUACUUAAGCUGCUGGGGUCCCAACUAAACUGAAGAGGAA